CCGGGAGGUGAAGCAUGGCCUUUUUCUUUUCUCGGCGGUAUAUAAUUUUAUUUCACCCUACCUUUCGCUUUAUCUUCUCCUCCGAAUCCUUCCCUCAUUUCAGCUGUCCGCCUCUGACCUUCAAAUAAACCCCCACUCUUCUCUCUCUCCCUCUUCUCACUUUUCGUCUUCUUUGAUCGAAGUAGCGGAAACCCUUACCCUGAUUUAGGCUCUGUGGAGCUCUGAUGGAGGCGCCGGAGUACUUGCAUGGAGGUUACUACAGGGCGGGGACCCCCCAAUUCGCGCCGGAGAAGAAGGCCGGCAGCGGAGGGGGGGAGCAUUUCAUGGUGGAGGAGCUUCUGGACUUCUCGAACGAGGAGGAGGACAAGGUCGGGAUGGCGGUCGGAGGGGAUGACGCAGGCUUCGACCCCGUGGCUGGGAACUCCACGGACUCCUCCACCGUCACCGCCGUGGACAGCUGCAGCAACUCAUUCUCCGGCUCUGACCCGCAUUUCGCCCGUGACCUCGUUUGCCGGAGCUUCGCCGACGCCAGACUCUCUGGCGAUCUCUACGAGCCGUACGAGGAAAUAGCCGAGCUCGAAUGGCUCUCCAAUUUCGUGGAGGAGUCCUUCUCCAGCGAAGACCUCCAGAAGCUGCAACUCAUCUCUGGAAUCAAGUCCUCCUCCCCCGCGUCGGAGAACGCGGCGGAGGUUUCCGCCACUGCCGGCGACGGUGCCGCCGGCUGCGCUGCCCAGCCCGCCCUCGUCCGGGCCGAGGCACCCGUCCCUGGCAAGGCCCGAAGCAAGCGGUCCCGCGCUGCCCCUUCUAGCUGGUCGUCGAGGCUCCCGGAGUUGUCUCCGACGACGACGGCUUCGUCGGCGGAGUCGGGGCUGAUCGUGCCGGCGGGAAACUUCUCCGAGAAGAAGGCGGCGGCGAAGCCGGCGAAGAAGAAGGACCCGUCGGCGGGACCCGCGGUGGCGCCGGCGCCGGACGGGCGGAAGUGCCUCCACUGCGCCACCGAGAAGACGCCGCAAUGGCGGACGGGACCGAUGGGCCCCAAGACGCUGUGCAACGCUUGCGGGGUCCGCUACAAGUCCGGCCGGCUCGUGCCGGAGUAUCGGCCAGCGGCGAGCCCCACCUUCGUGCUCUCCAAGCACUCCAACUCCCACCGUAAGGUCCUCGAGCUCCGCCGCCAGAAAGAACUCCAGCUGCAGCCGCAGCAACUCCUCCAAGCCGGCGGCGCCGCAGUCUACGACGGAGGCGCCGCCGCCGCCGCCGACGACGACGACGACUUCUUGAUUCACCACCACCUUGGGCCCGAUUUCCGUCAACUCAUCUAAUGGUGAGGAGAGCUCGAAAAAUCUCAAAAAAAAUUCUCAUUUAGGGAGAAUUUGAGUAGGGCUAAUUUGGAUCAAUUUUCGUAGAAAAUUUUAGACUUCCAUUUGUGGAUUCCGAAGCAGUUUUCUUGUGUUGGAAUUUUCCUUCGAUUUUUCUUUUUGUUUUAUUUUCCUAACCUUAGACAUCCAGGGAAAUUUCUACUAUGUACUCCAGACUCAUCUUUUCUAUAAAAAAAAAAUCAAAAAAAUAUAAAAUUGUGAAGGACGUGCUCUCAUUUCUCAA